ACAAGUAAUGCCCAAAUCAAAAAGAAAUACGAAAGUGAACCUAUCAAAGGUCGUAAAGGCAACGAAAGAACGAAAAGAAAAGUUGUUGAAUCAAAUCCGCCUGGCUGUAGAAGAAUAUGAUAAUGUUUUUGUGUGGGAGGAGCAUAAUAUGCGCAACAACACUAUGAAAGAUCUGAAAUGUAAAGAGUGGGCUCACAGUAAGUUUUUUUACGGAAAAGUCAAGUUAAUGGCUCUUGCUCUUGGAAAAACUCGUGCGUUGGAAACUCGAAAAAACCUUCACAAAUUAGUGCCCCACUUGACUGGACAUGUUGGUCUUUUGUUCACAAACAAGGAUAAAACUGAAGUGAAAGCCUUUUUCGAAGAAUUUUCAGCGUUUCAUUAUGCGACAUCUGGCGAAACCGCCACAGAAUCAGUUGUAUUGGAGGCUGGAAUCUUGGAUCAGUUCCCACACAGUAUUGAGCCGCACCUGAGAGAAUUGGGGAUGCCAGUAAAGUUGAACAAAGGCUCAGUAGAGCUGAUGAAACAAUAUACGGUCUGUACCGAAGGAGAACUAUUACGCCCUAAUCAAUGCCGUAUCCUGAAACUGCUGGGAUAUCAGAUGAGCAAGUUCACCAUAAAGCUAAAAUGCUGUUGUUCAAAGGAUGGAAAAUUUGAAGCAUUAUAAAAUGAUACAGCAUUUGUUGCUUUUAAUUUUGAUCCUGUUACACACCAUUUAAAAAAGGCUUUCAAAUUUU